CUUUAGCAUCAGAGCUGUGACCUCCGACGCCGCCUUUUUUUCAAGCGUCACCGCACCCCGCUUACCAUUAUUUGCCAAUCCCGUAUUCUCGCCAUGCAUCGAACGUAUUCUAUGCGCCAGACCAGGGCGCCAACCGCCUCGCAGAUUCAAAACCCUCCUCCCCCGCCAUCGUCCACGAAGUCGGGUAGACUAUUCGGAAGAGGCGGAUUUGGUCAUGCGCUCCGUCGGAAUGCCGCCGGCGCUUUCGGGCCCGACCUGGCCAAGAAGUUAACCCAACUUGUCAAAAUGGAAAAGAACGUAAUGAGGAGCUUGGAACUCGUUGCAAAGGAGCGCAUGGAGGUUGCUCAACAACUCUCGCUCUGGGGCGAAGCCGGUGACGAAGACGUCUCUGACGUCACCGACAAGCUUGGUGUACUCAUCUAUGAAAUCGGCGAACUCGAGGACCAGUACGUCGAUCGCUACGAUCAAUACCGCGUGACUAUGAAGAGUAUCAGGAAUAUCGAGGCUUCCGUACAGCCUAGCCGAGACCGGAAGCAGAAGAUUGCCGAUCAGAUCGCCCAGCUCAAGUACAAAGAGCCUAAUUCACCCAAGAUCGUCGUUCUCGAGCAGGAACUCGUCCGCGCCGAAGCCGAAUCACUCGUCGCCGAGGCCCAGCUGUCCAACAUCACGCGCGAGAAGCUGAAGGCGGCAUACUCCUACCAGUUCGACGCCCUGCAAGAGCACUGCGAGAAAGUCGCCAUCAUCGCCGGCUACGGGAAGCACCUGCUCGAGCUGAUCGACGACACGCCCGUGACGCCCGGCGAGACGCGCGCGGCGUACGACGGCUACGAGGCCAGCAAGGCUAUCAUCCAGGACUGCGAGGACGCGCUGACUAAUUGGGUGUCGUCAAACGCGGCCGUGAACCCCAAGCUGUCGACGCGCGCCCGCACCCUCUCCAUGCGCCGCCGCAACAACAUCAAGGCCCGCUCCGAAGGGCUCGACCUGUCCGGCCAGGACGCCCCGCUUAACGACCGCGAGUCCUGGGUCGCGGCCGGCGAGCACCGCAACCACGAGUACGAGGACGAGGACGAGCCCGAGGACGACCAGGCCCACUCCGUGCUGGACUCCGACAGCGGCCUCAACGGCGAGCAGCACCGAGGUCGCGCCCCCGAGAUGGCUACCUAGUAGGUACCUAGGUAGACUUUGGAAAGUUCCCCCAUCAUAUCAUCUCCGGCUCCGUUUUUCCGGUGGCAGGCGAGUAAUCUUCACUUAAUAAUGUUUAAUACGAGGGAAGAGGGGGCAAGCAGGUUGGAUGUACAAGCGAGGGGCGAGAUCAGACACACAAGUGGUAUA